AUGCCUCUUUCUAGACGCUCACGUGCUGACGAUAACUUCAUCCAAAAGGUGGCUCAUGAAUUAACUAACGGAAUCUUGUACCGCAAACGUGACUUGCGAUGCGAGUAUCUCGAUGGGCCUCCAGCGCCGGCCAGUUCGGUUCAGCUUGAAAGACUGGACAGGCUAAGCCAAGAUCCAAGCGCCCUUUCUCAACUCUUGGCGACGCUGCCGUAUUUCGAAGCCCUGGAGCUUUUUGAUUUGUUUCGAAAGAUGCCCAGAGAUCCAUGCCCUGCUGCUUCAUCGAUGCAUACCCCGGAAUCUUCAUCGUCAAGAUCACCUCCUGCGUGGACACCUUUGGCUGCGCAAUGUCCGUCACCGAUGCAUUAUACUCUCGCCGGGAGUCUUUUGCCGCCGGCAUCCAAUCCAAUGGAGCAAGAGCUCAUGGUCCGACAUCCUAUCGCGUAUCCGGUUUUGAUGCCCAUUGCCGUCAACUCGCUGCCUCUUGAGGCGCUCCUUGUUCCUCGAAACCCCGAGAUCCUAAGAGAGCGUCUUUUGCUAACCGAUGUCGCUGACUCAGAACUGCCUGACACAUCCAAGAAGAAAGACGAACACUGUGACGGGGCUUCUGAUUGGUGCAAUAGCCUAUUACACUUGGCGCAAGCACAUAUUGAUAUUCUGCUCCAGGUUGACAUAUCCUUCUGGACUGACUUGCCCAUCCCCAAUGACUUUGCCAUUCGAGUGAUCGCGCUUUAUCUCAAUAAUGAUUUCACAAUUCUUCCUCUUUUCAAUAUAGAUCUAUUCCUGCAAGAUCUCUCCCAAAAGCGACCAUAUUUUUGCUCUCGGUUUCUGGUGUCAGCUCUUUUGGCUUGGGCCUGUCAAGCUUAUACUUCCAUUCACCCCAAAGCAGCCUCCUGGAGCUGGCUCUUCUUUCUCGAUGCCCAAGCGCAGUGGAACCAGCUGGACCGCCGUGAAUCCGCUACGCUGUGCAACAUAUCUGCAUCGCAACUCAUGUCCAUGGCAUCUGUAACACACGGACAAGACGAACUUGCGUUCGUGUUUCACAAAACCGGAAUUGAGAUUGCACAAACAAUGGGCCUUUUGAAUGUUGAUCCGCAAUCGCAGUCUGCAGCAGCAUGGGUUCAUGGGUAUCCGGAUUGGCAGAAGGCUGCUUCAUAUACGGCGUGGGGCGUUUUCAAUUGGUCUUGCGUUUUCACUCUUCAUUACCAUAAAGUCAAUGUUGAUAUCCCACCCGGGUUGAUGAUGCCUGGCGAUAUUGAUAUAGCCCUUGCCGCUGGAGACGAAGUUGCAGUCUCGCUACCUGAAAGUGUCGAGGUGUUUCGUGCCAUGUGCAAACUCUGGAUAAUUUUUGCUUCCAUCGCCAAGAUAUACUAUGGCCCAGACCUAGAGGGAUUUUUGAAUCAGAAGGAAGCUCUUGAGUAUGUUGAGGGUACCUACCGUCAACUUCUCACCUGGGCAGAUGAGUUACCGUUGAGAUUGGUUCGACAACCCGGUAGCAGCUCUGCCGUUUAUCUCAUGCAUAUAUACUAUCACGCCGUAAUCACAGACCUUUUUCGUCCCUUUCUUCACCAGCCUAAUCGCUCUUCCACUCCACUGCGAACAUUUGCCGCCGAACGCGCAAAUCCGCAGAAUGUAUAUCACGUCUCCAUCCGCCAAAUGAAGCGACUUCUGCUGUCUUAUCGGCUCGAAUUCCAUCUGGAAGCUCUCUCGGUCAUGUGGCAAACCGGGGUGAUAUACGUCGCCAACGCCACGAUGCGCGCAGACUACCACAACAAAGAUGAGAUGCAGUUCUUUGUGAACCUAUGCGUUGCGGGGCUUGAAGAGCUCUUCAUGUCGUACAAAGUUUUCGGGGCGAUAACCAAGGGCGUUAUGAGUAUGGCGAUCCGACAGGGGAGCAUAGAGCAGACGCAGGUGAGGCGUGCGAGGAGGAGAUUGAAUGAAACUGGGAAGCGGUUCGUGGUUGAUGAUAAUAGCACGGAUGAGACGAUGGCCAAGUGGAUGAUCGAUUUGGACUUGGCGGUUACUAACUCUGUUGAGGCGCAGGGUGGUAAACUUGCGAGGAAGUUUGAUGAAAUGAGUGAGAUGGGCCAUGAUGACGGCGAGUAA